CAUGAUAUAAGGCAAAGCAAAGUGACAAAGACAGACAUGAGCAGCAUGGAGAUCAUUUUCCUCAGUAUAGCAUUUCUUCUGGGAGGGUUAUCCGACAUGAAGACCGAGGCUAUGUCAGUUACUGGAGAGUUGGGGGUGGCGAUCGAAAUCAGAUGCUCUCACUCAAAUGCAUUUACCAAUGUCAAAUAUUUCUGCAACAAUACAUGUAGUAAUGAGGACAUCCUAAUAAGCAGCAAAAAGAGGGAUUCAAAUGGAAAAUACAGCAUUAGAGAUGAUGGAAACACCUUCUUUGUGACCAUCUCUAAACUGACAAUGGAUGAUUCUGGAAUUUACUGGUGUGGAAUAGAGAGAGCUCUUUGGGACACAUACAGUGAAGUCAUCCUCACAGUCAAAAAGGUGGACAAAAAGGAGCCUGAUGAUGACACAUCACCAUCAACCACACCUGAGUUAAUUCAUACAAAAUCAUCUAAGAUGCUGGUGUAUAUGGGAGCAGGGCUUGGUGUCGUUAUGUUAGCUCUGGCGAUCAUCCUCCUAAUGUUCUUCAGAUAUCGAAACAGAGACAUCAGCACAUCUUCAGGAAAGGAUCAAGACACAGUUUAUGCAGCACCAUUCAUUCAGGAACAACCUCCACACACACAUAUCAACACUUCCUCUUCAACAGCCAAUGAAGGUCAAGAAACAGACAGCAAGGAUCACAGCAUCAACUUGUCGGCUGUUCAGCACAAAGAUCACAGCAGAGAUCACACAUGCAAUACUUACUCCAACAUCGCAGUCUCCUCAGAGUCUCAGAUCCAACCAGACAGUGUCUUUUACUCCACUGUGAGCUUCAACAAGGUCACAGACAGCAGCACUGUCACACCUCACACUGCAACGAUCACAUACUCCACCAUCAGACACCAAUCAACAGAUGAGUCAACAGUCUACUCCAACUUUUGAACACAGUGCUGAUCAUCUUCAAUGUUUGACACAGUGACUUUGUCUCCUUUAACUUUCCAUUUUCUACUAAACAGAUGAUUAUUCACAUGUUAUAGACCAAUGUAAAUUCACAGGUCGUUGUGAAUUGGUUAUUGUAUUACUUAUUGGAUUAUAAUUUACCAUAAUACAGGGCAGAUAUUAUAGAAAAGAUGCCCCUAAAUAAAGUCUAAAUGUUGCAUUAUGUCCAAUAUGUAAACUUCACCCUAAUAA